AUGUUCAAGACCAGCUACCUGCGCGAGGUGCGCAAGGAAAAGUACGAGCGCUCAGAUGUCUUCGACGAGGAACCUGACGACUCUGAGUCCUCCGCAGGCAUCUCAGCCAUCCAGGGCUGGGAAAGCCUCCAGGAGCUCAACAGUCGCUUUGCCCGCUACAUCAACAGGGCACGAGUCCUGGAGCAGCGCAACGCCGUGUUCCGCAAGCAGCUGGAGACACUGCAGCGGAUGGAAGAGGCCAGCGGUCUACAGGAAGCCUUCACGGAGCAGAUUGAUGUCAACAGGCAGCGCAUUCGAGAGCUGUCCUCUGACCACUCCAAGCUGGAGCGAGAGCUGAGAGAUGCUUGCCGCAUGCUGGAUGAAUUCACCAGCAAAUACAGAAAUGAGUGUGAUUAUCAAGAACAGCUCCGGGGAACACUGGAACAGUUAAACAAGGAGGCUGACAGUGCUCUGCUGAGAAACCUGGAGUACCAGAUCCAAUCACAGUUCCUGCAGGACGACAUCAACUCCACCAGAGAUAGACACAAGAAGAACCUAGCGGAGAUUCAGACCUAUGUUAACAUACUGCAGCAAAUCAACCAGACACUGCCCCUUGUUCCCAAUGUGUCAGUGGGCAUCUCUGAGGAGCAGGAGAAGCUGCUGGCCCAGAGGAAAGUGCCGGGGCUGCAGACUCAGCUGGAGGAAUAUAAGAGUGCUCUCUGUCAGCUGCAGGCUCAGAAGCAACGUCUACAAGCUGAGACUUCAGGGCUGGAGCAAAGCAUCAAAAACACACAGGAGAGUUAUGAUGACGAGAUCCAGAUGUACAACGAGAAAAUUGAAUCUCUGCGAAAGGAGAUUGAGGAAGCUGAGAGGUCCCUGGAGAAGUUUACCAGUGAAUGUCGCCACCUGGCCAUGUACCAGACGUCUCUUGAGAAUGAGCUGGAGAGGUACAAGAGGAUCAUCGAGAACGAAGACAACAGGUUGAAUUCUGCGAUAAUUGGCACUCCCAUCACCCUGUUCACAACUAAUUACCACUACACUCACACACCCACUGCAUCAAGCAGGGGGAGAGAUAUCACCCAGGCUAUCCAAGAUAUCACCAGCAUCAAGCCCCGCCAGAAGAUUCUGGCCAAGAAGGUCCUGAAGAAAAAAGAGCUGACCCCAAAAGAUGUGAUGGACAGCAGCCAGGAGGACAGAAAUGGGGGAGCCGCUGGAGAGGCUCCAGAUGAUGAAACAAAGGUUACCCCCGAGGAAGUGCAGGAGGAGAGCGUGAAGAGAAAAGAGCAAAGACCUGUUCUCACUGGAGUGUCUCCACAGGACGUCCCAGACGGAGCUCAGAUCAGCAAGGCCUUCGACACUCUCUGUAACAUCGUCAGAGACAGAAUGAGGAAGUACAAGAAGCCGGAGCCAAUCGCUGACUUCUACACCAAGGGUCGCUAUGUCCUUGUCACCGGUGAGGGCAGCUAUCCGGAUCCCUGCUUCUGUACCUCCACACCAUCGGCUGGCCAUAUCUUUGUCACUAUCAGAGAUGGAAUGAUGCCUCCCUAUGACAUUUAUGGACGCAGAACACCCACUCCUCCACCUCCUCAGCCUCCUCAGCCUCCUCAGCCCUUUGUAGGCCCAAGGCCCCUUAGUCCCACCAGGCCUUCUAAUGGUGGAGGAGGAAAUGAUGAUAAUAAGGGUGGGAGGGGUAAAGACAGCAAUGGAGGUAAAGGUAAGCAAAAGGCUGGGGAGCCUCAACCUCACCCUAAAGAUCCAAGCCCAGCCCCUCCUCACUCUGGCCCAAGCUCCGACCCCAAAGAUCUUCCGAAGAAAAACAGGAACGACAAUGGUCCAAGUGGACCCACUCCGAAGCCUGCACCCCGUGGUGCCAGCACCAGCUCCAGCUCCAGCUCCAGCACCAGCACCAGCACCAGCUCCAGCAGCUUCAGCCCAGAUGCCAUGAGCUACGAGAAGGUGGAGGUGGUGGAGUCUGUGGAGAAGUUCUCCAAUGACCACAAGGUCAAGGGUUACGAGGAGACUUCCAUGGUGGUGGAGACCAUGAUCGAGAAGUCCAGCAAGAAGAAACAUUGAAACCACGUCACCUGACAUGAAGAAUCUGUCAACUCUACUAGGGUCGUACAUGGUUCAGGUCCACUAAGAAGAAGACGCUACAGAUGUUGGUAACAGACUACAUAAAUACCACUGUUUCUCAAACUGCUGUAAUAAGAAAAUGUUUCUGUCUCUGAGACCAACCAUGCUUUAAGACCAACUACACAUUCCUGCUCUGAUAUUCAAUGCUCUUCCAUUUGCUUGCAGUCUCUGGUCUUGCGUCCAGAAUACGUUGUGCUGGUACCAUAAGUACUGCUGUUGUUGUUCGACUUAACACCCAUGCUCAUGCUACGAGUCCUUUACUGUCUGAAAACUUGGGACAAUGAAAACCAAAGCUACGUGCCACCAGAAAAAUAUACAAAAAAAGAAAUAAAAACUGAGAAGUUGUGCCACCCUCUGAACCAGGUCUUAGAACUCCAUCUUUCCCCUUUGAGCUCAUUGGUUCAAUUAGAUGCCAUUGCCUGCCCUCAGCACAAUUUGCUGUGUAUUAAUUUGCUUUGAUAUAUUGAAUAAUAAAGAAGAUUCAAACAUUGA